AUGGCGACUACCGGCAGUAACAAAGCCGACAAGAAUUCGAAAUGGACUGCGAAGGCGAAUUCUUGGUUUCAGAAAGUCGGUGUCCCUGUGAACAAACUGUCCAACAAACUUGGAGCGGAGGCCUUCUGGCCGACGUCUCUCGACAAGGAAGCAGACAAGGUAAGUGAUCCCUGCCAGUAGACAGACCCAAGAUAAAAGAGGCCUAAAAAUGUAUCUGCCUAGGCCGCCCGCAUCCUCCGCAGCUUCUGCAUCGAUGGCUUCUACUCCGAGCAAGGCGGCGGCAAACAUGGCAACGACAAGAAGCACAAGUCUCUCGACCACAUCCCCCCGGAAAUCAUCCGCAACGCCAAAGGCCUGGCCAUCUUCACCGUCAUGCGUGCCGGGCUGCACUGGUCCGGUGCGGGGGGCUCGGGGAUCAUUGUCGAGAAAAUGGCCAAUGGUCAGUGGUCUCCGCCUUCUGGCAUCUUAAUCCACACCCUCGGCUGGGGCUUCGUGGCCGGUGCGGAUAUCUACGACUGCGUGGCUGUCAUCAACAACGACAAGGGCAUGGAAGGCUUCACGCGCGUGCGAGCCACGAUCGGAGGCGAGGUCUCCGCCGCCGUAGGACCCCUCGGGGCGGGCAGUACUCUCGACUCGGAGAUUUUCAAGCGCCAGGCACCCGUCUGGACCUACACCAAGAGCCGAGGACUGUACGUCGGCGUGCAAGUCGACGGGACCGUCAUUGUCGAGAGGACGAGCGAGAAUGAACGCUUCUAUCACCAGGAAAACGUUAGGCAUGCGCAGAUCUUGGCCGGGCAGGUUUCUGUUCCUUCGGGAAGCAUGGUCCAGCUGUGGGAGACUCUGCAGGCUGCGGAGGGUCACGAACAUAACGCUAGCAAUCUGCCGCCGCCCUAUGAGCCUGCUCCCGGUGAUCGGGAAGUCGAACACCCGCAGGAAAGCAGUGAGAAGGAAUAUAACGAAUUCGCUCCGGCGGAGGAACAUAUGGCACAUUCGAAGUCGUAG